GCAGUAACUUUUGAUGAUGUGCAUGUGAACUUCACUAGGGAAGAAUGGAAUUUGCUCAAUCCUUCCCAGAAAAGUCUCUACAAAGAUGUGAUGUUGGAAACUUACUGGAACCUCACUAUUAUAGGAUAUAAUUGGGAAGACCAUCAUAUUGAAGAAAAAUGUCAAAGUUCUAGAAGUCAUGAAAGGCAUGUGAGAAGUCAUAGUGGAGAGAAGCCAUAUGAAAUUAAGCAAUGUGGUAAAGCCUUUGCAAUACCCGGUCAUCUCCAAAGACAUAAAAGCCUAUAUACUGGAGAGAAGCCUUAUGAAUGGAAUCAAUGUGGUAAAGCCUUUUCACGUCAGAGUAAUCUCCAACGUCAUAAAAGAACACAUAGUGGAGAGAAGCCUUAUGAAUGUAGUCAAUAUGGUAAAGCCUUUACAGGUCACAGUGAUCUCCAAAGACAUAAAAUAAUACAUACUGGAGAGAAGCCUUAUGAAUGUAAUCAAUGUGGUAAAGCCUUUUCACAGCAGAGUCAUCUCCAAUAUCAUAAAAGAACACAUACUGGAGAGAAGCCUUAUGAUUGCAGUCAAUGUGGUAAAACCUUUUCACACUCGAGUCAUCUCCUUCAUAAAAGAACACAUACUGGAGAGAAGCCUUAUGAAUGUAAUCAAUGUGGUAAAGUCUUUCCAGGUCAUAGUCAUCUCCAAUAUCAUAAAAGAACACAUACUGGAGAGAAGCCAUUUGAAUGAAAUCAAUGUGAUAAAGUGUUUGCAUGAUCCAGUCAUCUCCAAAGACAUAAAAGAGAUCAUACUGGACAGAAACCUUAAAAUGUAGUCAAUGAGCGGGGUGGUGGUGGUGAACACCUUUAAUCCCAGCACUUGGGAGGGAAAGGCAGGCACAUUUCUGAGUUCUAGGCCAGC